AAAUUGUCGGUAAGUCUCUGCUUCAGAUAGAGACAACGAAACAGAACAGAGCAAGAAGUACACAGCCAUAACAAUGGCUGUCACAAAACUCAUCCUCUUUGCUUCUACAUUACUUGUAACAACGCUCUUUAUCGGCGUUAAUUCAUCCAGGUCCAAUGAAACAUGGCAUGAACAUGCAGUUGAGAACCCAGAGGAAGUAGCUGCCAUGGUGGACAUGAGCAUUCGCAACAGCACAGAGCGGAGAAGAUUAGGUUAUUUCUCCUGCGCCACCGGCAAUCCAAUCGACGAUUGCUGGCGUUGUGACCGCAAAUGGCAGCUCCGGCGAAAGCGUCUCGCCGAUUGCUCAAUCGGAUUUGGCCGCAACGCAAUCGGCGGCCGCGACGGCCGUUUCUACGUCGUGACCAACCCGGGAGACGAUAAUCCGGUUAAUCCGGUACCAGGAACUCUCCGUCACGCCGUGAUCCAAGACGAGCCACUCUGGAUCAUCUUCAAGCGCGAUAUGGUCAUAACCUUGAAGCAAGAGCUGAUCAUGAACAGCUUCAAGACCAUCGAUGGCCGUGGCGUCAAUGUUCACAUCGCAAAUGGCGCUUGCUUAACCAUCCAAUUCGUCACGAACAUCAUCGUCCAUGGGAUCCACAUACACGACUGUAAGCCCACCGGUAACGCCAUGGUUAGAAGCUCUCCGUCUCAUUACGGGUGGCGAUCGAUGGCUGACGGUGACGCGAUCUCGAUUUUCGGGUCGAGCCAUAUCUGGAUCGAUCACAAUUCGCUUUCCAACUGUGCCGAUGGGCUCGUCGACGCCGUAAUGAGCUCCACCGCCAUUACCGUCUCAAACAAUUUCUUCACCCACCACAAUGAGGUGAUGCUGUUGGGGCACAGUGAUUCCUACACAAGGGACAAAGUGAUGCAAGUCACAAUUGCUUACAACCAUUUUGGCGAGGGUCUAAUCCAGAGAAUGCCAAGGUGUAGGCAUGGAUACUUCCAUGUAGUAAACAACGACUACACGCAUUGGGAAAUGUAUGCAAUUGGUGGUAGUGCUGCUCCCACUAUCAACAGUCAGGGGAAUCGAUUUCUUGCCCCAACAAACCGAUUUGCCAAGGAGGUGACUAAGAGAGAGUACACAGGAGAAUCCAAAUGGAAGCACUGGAAUUGGAGAUCAGAGGGAGAUCUUUUUCUAAACGGAGCAUUUUUUAUACGUUCUGGAGCUGGAGCUGGAGCCGGCUACGCCAGAGCUUCGAGUUUAUCAGCCAAAUCAUCGUCUCUUGUCGGCACCAUGACCUCCUACUCAGGUGCUCUUAACUGCAGAGCUGGUCGCCGAUGUUAAUGGAUCAACUAUCAGGAAAAAAAACCAUUUUUUUUUUGGUUUUGAAGAAACAAGUCGAUAAGAUUACGUUCUCACUUCCUCUCGUUUUUCUUCUUCACUUUUUAAAAAAAGUCUUUUGGGGUUCUUGCGAUAUACACUUCCUAUUGGAUGUGGAGGCUUAAUUUAAACGGUCUCAACUGUAAUAUAAAGUUGUAUGAUUAUUCUUUUCACCUCCAUUGGUAUAAAGUUGUUUCUU